CUUCCGCCGCCAUGCCGCGCGGGUUCGUUUGGGGUGGCGGCAGCAGUGGGCAAAGCAGGUUUAAACCCUAAAAAACCUGACCCAUUCCUCCGCAUACUUCUGUUUGCAAUGGAGAUCACCGAGGAGCAGCGAAGGAGGUCAGAGGCUAACCUAAUCGCAGCUCUCGAGAAACGGAAGCGCGUGGAAGAAAGGUCGAAAGAUGAUCCUUGGAGGCUCUUCAGGUGCCGCAAGGUCCCCAGCCCAACAUUGUCGCCGUCCUCAUCGUCCGGUGGGCCCGUGCCGGAGAAGAAGAAUUCAGUCUCACUGCGGCCACCUGAGCCUCCGAAACCGCCCGAAAGGUUCCGUGUCGUGCUGGAGAUAUGCUCGCCUGACGAGUUCGCUGUUUCGCCGGAGCCAUUGCCGGGUUUUUCUUUCCCUGGUGCCGCGGAGUGCUUCAGGAUCGUGGAGGCUGCUAUCUCUUUAGCUUUGGAUUUUCGAGUAAGUGAGAGUCAAGGAAGUCAGUUUUGCACGAGGGCCUUAGUCUAUAAACUGAAGGAUUAUGAUUCAGUGUUAAAAUGCAUUAAGAAGUUGCCGUUGGCUGACUUGCUUGAUAUUCCAUACACCACAUUAUUAGCUAUCCGAACAUUUAAAAAUUAUGCUGCCACUGGGCUUAUACCUUCCUGGAAGGAGCACUACUCUGAAGAACAGGUUGAUGGCUUCUUGACAAGACUGCCAAGGUCAUUACGAGAUGCACUUCUCCCUUUCCAGAUGGAAGGUGUUCGCUUUGGACUUCAGAGGGGUGCGCGUUGUCUCAUUGCAGAUGAGAUGGGACUAGGGAAGACCAUCCAGGCUAUUGCAAUUGCUUGUUGCUUCAUGGAUAGGGGUCCUGCAUUAAUUGUUUGUCCUGCUGUUUUGCGAUUUUCAUGGGCCGAGGAGUUAGAGCGUUGGUUACCUUGCCUUUUACCAAAGGAUAUACAUCUUGUGUUCGGCCGCCAAAAUAAUCUAGACUAUUUGGACAAAGCUCCUAAGAUUGUUGUUAUAUCAUACACAAUGUUAAGUCGUUUGAGGAAGAGCAUGAUAGAUAGAGAAUGGUCUCUUUUGAUAGUUGAUGAGUCUCACAAUAUACGUUGCACUAAGAAGAAAAUGGAACCUGAAGAGACAAAAGCUGUACUUGAUGUGGCAGCUAAGAUAAAUCGAAUUAUUUUACUCUCUGGGACACCUUCCUUGACAAGGCCGUUUGACAUCUAUCAUCAAGUAAAUAUAUUAUGGCCUGGUUUGCUUGGAAAGGACAAAUAUGAAUUUGCAAAGAGUUAUUGCAUGCCAAAACUUACGAAGGGAUUUCAAGGAAAGCUCUAUCAGGACUUCUCAAAGGGCAUACGUUUGGAAGAGUUAAAUAUACUACUAAGGCAGUAUGUUAUGAUAAGGCGGUUGAAAGAUCAUGUGUUAACACAGUUACCUCCCAAGCGGCGGCAGAUCAUUACCCUGAAGUUGAAAACAUCAGAUAUAUUACUAGCAACAACAUUGUGUACAGUGAAUUGUGGGUUCGUUGAUUUGGAUGACCCUUCAAAUCAAUUAGUGAUAGACUGUAAUGACAAUGAUAAUGGUAGUGGUGAGAAAUCGAGGAACUUCAAUACAUGCCAUGAGAAAGAUUACAGAAGAACUUCAAAGCUACUCUCCCUUCAGGAAAUAGGCAUUGCAAAGCUUUCCGGAUUUCGUGAGUGGUUUUCAAACCAUGUUGUGGUUGGAGAAUUGGGGGAUGCAAAUAACUUGGGCAUUGGUCUUGUCUCGCUAAAGAUGAUUAUAUUUGCCCAUCAUUUGAAGGUUCUAGAUGGAGUUCAGGAUUUUUUAUGUGAGAAGGGAAUCCAAUUUGUUCGCAUUGAUGGUAGGACACUGCCGAAAGAUAGGCAUACAGCUGUAGAGUCCUUUCGUCUAUCAAGUGAGGUGAAGAUUGCAAUUAUAGGAAUUACAGCUGGUGGUGUUGGGCUUGAUUUUUCAUCAGCACAGAAUGUGGUCUUUCUGGAGCUUCCUAAAUCAGCAUCAGAGAUGUUGCAGGCUGAGGAUAGAGCUCAUAGGCGUGGGCAAACUAAUGCUGUCAACAUCUAUAUCUUUUGUGCCAAGGGUACUUCUGAUGAGUCACAUUGGAUGAAUUUGAACAAGAGUUUGUUUCGUGUUUCUUCCAUGAUGAACGGGAAAUAUGAUUCUGUAAAGGAGAUAGAGGUUGAUGGAGUUAUCCAGCUAGGUAAUGCUGCAAGGAUUGAAGAAGCAAAUUGUGAAGCUAAUUGUACCGAUUCUUUAAACACUGAACAUCAAGUUGAGUCCAUGGGAAUGCAUGUUUGCACUCCUGAUGUCUGUAAAAGCUUCACCGCAGAGAAAUCUAAUGACAGAGAGGAUAAUAUGCUCCAAGCUCUCAAUCUAGAAUUGAAGUUAAAUGGUGCUAAAGAUUCAGAUUUUGGUCUUCCGUCCAUUUUAAAUGAAAGCGUUGAAGGUAAUGAUGCUGAACCUUCACAUUCUUAUCACUCUGACAAGACAGGCAGGCUUGGUAGGGGCAGCAUGGAAGUGGAUUCAGUGGAGACAAUGCCAUAUCAGGACGAGGGUAGGUGGUUAGGAAUAACAAAUGCUGAUGGUGAUUCUUAUGAGGUGGAUGCCGGUGGUGAGAUUCUCAUUCAAGAAGAAUCUCUUCGGUUUGAGGUCAGUAAUUAUACAGGGAGGAUUCACUUGUAUCUCUGCGUGCCUGGAAAGGACGUAAGGCCAAGGCCAAUUUUUGUGAAUUUCCGGCAAGAGGAAUUGGACUCCAUCGUGCUUUCUCUUGGUGAAUUAAAGAAGGAAGCUGCAUCUCAGCUAGUGAAGGAAAAUCCGGCAUAUUGUAAUAUCUUCCGGACUUUCAUAAAAGAGUGGAGUAAUUUAAGACCUAUUGAACGUCAUAAGCUCCUUGGGAAACCUUUACAGCUCCCUCUAAGCCUUGAAUUGUGCUAUUUAAAGGAAACUGUCAACCAUGGGCUUAAUGGAUUACUGAAAGGUGGGAGCAAACGACGAGUUACUCCAUUAAGUGAGAUAGGCUGCCAUCUUCCAGAAAAUGCUGUGUGGAAGAAAGUCGUUCUUUACAGUGGCUCUGCUAAAGAGAAAGAGUAUACUCAGGCUUGGUCUGUCAGUGGAGAACCGCUCUGCAAGCUCUGCCAUGCAAUUUGCAAUGGAAAGCUCUCAACAGCUCCAGAAUUUUUUGAGGACUUAUUCUGUAAUUUGUGUUGCUUUCAAGAAUAUCGUGUCAGAACUAGCCAAAAAGCCCUCCGCGAGGCACUCUUUCAAAUAGAACAUGGGGUUUGUACCAUGUGCAAACUAGACUGUCACAAGCUUGUGACAAACAUAAGGCCUUUACCCAUUGCAGCACGGAGGAAUCAUGUUGAGAAUAUAGCUCCGGAAUUGGCGAAGAAAAAGAAAUUGUGA